GAUUGCAUUUAUAUCCCUGCUAAGCUGACUGCUGCUCUAAAUAACAGUAGGACUGUAGACAGCUGCCUCUGUUCGUCAGCUGCUGGUAACUUCCCCGCAACCACUCCUCCACCAGUGUGCCUUUCUGUACCACGGAGCUUUGCCUGGGCAAUUUCUGAGGUGCCACAUCCAGCAGCAUCAGCGUUGUGUGAGCCGCUGCCCUCCAGGAACCAAAAAAGGUUGCCGUAAGCUGUAAUGGGUGACUGGAGUCUUCUGGGGAACUUCCUUGAAGAAGUACAGGAACACUCCACGUCUGUUGGCAAGGUCUGGUUGACUGUCCUCUUCAUCUUCCGUAUCCUGGUGCUGGGCACGGCAGCCGAAUCCUCCUGGGGCGAUGAGCAGUCCGACUUCAUGUGCGACACGGAGCAGCCGGGUUGCACCAACGUGUGCUACGACUCGGCCUUCCCCAUUGCCCACAUCCGCUACUGGGUCCUGCAAAUUGUGUUUGUUUCAACCCCCUCCCUCAUCUACAUGGGACACGCCAUGCACACGGUGCGAAUGGAGGAGAAACGGCAGCAAAGGGAGGAGGAGGAGGACCAGGGUGGGGGUCGGGGGGAGAAAGACUACCUGGAGCAAAAGGAGCCCGGCAAGGGUGAGGCUGCGGGGAAGGUUCGUCUCAGGGGGGCUCUGCUCAAGACAUACGUGCUCAGCAUUCUGAUCCGCACAGUCAUGGAGGUGACCUUCAUCGUGGGACAGUACAUGAUCUAUGGCAUCUUCCUCAGAGCCCUAUACCUGUGUGACACCAAACCCUGCCCCAACCCGGUCAACUGCUACAUGUCCCGCCCCACCGAGAAGAACGUCUUCAUUGGCUUCAUGCUGGCAGUGGCAGGAAUCUCACUCUUCCUCAGUAUCCUGGAGCUGUACCACCUGGCCUGGAAGCAAUCCAAGCGUUGCCUCAAAGCCUACGUUGAAUCGCGUGCCCGGAAGAAGGCGCCCGCAGCCGUGGCAAUCGCCGCAGAGCCCGACACCCCAAGCCACCCGUCACUUGCCUGCACCCCUCCUCCAGACUUCAACCAGUGCUUAGCCAUGGCAUCCCCCCACUCACACGGCCACCCCAGCUGCCCACCGUUCAACAACAGGAUGGCCAAUCAGCAGAACUCGGCCAACCUGGCCACCGAGCGCCAUUGCAGCCGCGAUAACCUGGAGGUGGAAGACUUCCUGCAGACUAGCUAUUCACAGGCAGGCGAAGUCCCCAAUGUCAGCACCCCUCCCCAGCUGCUCUCCGGGGCCUUCAUGAAGGACAAACGCCGCCUCAGCAAGACCAGCAGCUCCAGCGGCCGGGUACGGCCUGACGAUCUGGCAAUAUAGAUCAGGGAGCCUAAGAGUGAGGCCUGGUGCUGGUUCUGGCUGUAAGAAAGAGUUGAAAAGACCUCUCUUCUGGGAGUGCAGGCCACAUUUCACUAGAAGCAACGGGACUGUGAAAGGGUGUCGGAUCCACGAGACAGCCGGACUACGUGGGCCCAUCAUCUAAGACUAAUAAACAUGACGGCUCCUCAUAGAGGAAAUGACUGGUCAGGUUUAACAUUAGAAGAAAUGAUGAAAUUAAUGUUGUAGUUUUUUCAUUACAGUGCAAUACCCUGAAAUCAUAUAAUUCAUGCCCAACACAUUUCCUAUCUGUUACAAAACCACCAAAAUGGACCUUUAAUCACUGAUUCGGGAGACUUCAGUGGUGCUUUUUCAAGGCUUGAAUUUUAAAUCUCAUUCAACAAAAACACAUAUAUUAACAACUUGUGAGUAUACACCCACCCCUCUUAUAACAGGGUCCAGCACAAGAGAAACCAAUACAACACCAUAUGAAAAUACAUUUACAUUUAUUUAUUUAGCAGACACUUUUCUCCAAAGU